GUAUAUUUUACUAGGUGUUUACAAUGGCGGCUACAUGCUAAAUGAAGUAAUAGAGCAGCAUUGUUUUUAAUAGUACCAAAUACCUAGCUUGUAGAUGAACAUUUUCCUUACCUACUUUUGCAAUGAGUAACAGAACAGCUUAUUUCUACGACCCGGACGUGGGAAACUUUCAUUAUGGUGCGGGUCACCCAAUGAAACCCCACCGUCUGUCCCUGACGCACAGCCUCGUCCUCCACUAUGGGCUCUACAAGAAGAUGAUGGUAUUCAAGCCGUACAAGGCCUCCCAACAUGACAUGUGUCGAUUCCAUUCAGAAGACUACAUAGACUUCUUGCAGAAGGUCAGCCCUAACAACAUGCAGGGGUUCACCAAGAGCCUCAACACUUUCAAUGUUGGGGACGAUUGUCCUGUGUUCCCAGGUCUGUUUGAGUUCUGCUCCAGAUACACCGGAGCUUCUUUGCAAGGGGCCACUCAGCUCAACCACAAGAUAUGUGACAUAGCCAUUAACUGGGCCGGAGGACUCCACCACGCCAAGAAGUUUGAGGCCUCGGGGUUCUGCUAUGUGAACGACAUUGUCAUCAGCAUACUGGAGCUGCUCAAAUACCACCCUCGGGUACUGUACAUAGACAUAGAUAUUCACCACGGCGACGGGGUACAGGAGGCCUUCUACCUGACAGACCGAGUCAUGACUGUAUCCUUCCACAAGUACGGGAACUACUUCUUUCCAGGGACAGGUGACAUGUAUGAGGUUGGGGCAGAGAGCGGGCGGUACUACUGUCUGAACGUUCCUCUGAGGGAUGGCAUCGAUGACCAGAGUUACAGACAGCUGUUCCAGCCGGUCAUAAAACAGGUGGUGGACUUCUACCAGCCUACCUGCAUCGUUCUACAGUGUGGAGCUGACUCCCUGGGCUGUGACAGGCUGGGCUGCUUCAACCUCAGCAUACGAGGACACGGGGACUGCGUGGAGUUUGUGAAGAGCUUCAAGAUCCCUCUGCUGGUGCUGGGAGGUGGGGGCUACACCGUGAGGAACGUGGCCCGGUGUUGGACCUAUGAGACGUCUCUGCUGGUAGACGAGCCCAUAAGUGAUGAGCUGCCAUAUAGUGAGUAUUUUGAGUACUUCGCUCCAGACUUCACGCUCCACCCGGACGUCAGCACCAGGAUAGAGAACCAAAACUCCAGACAGUACCUGGAGCAGAUUCGUCAGACGGUAUCGGAGAACCUGAAGAUGUUAAACCACGCCCCUAGCGUCCAGAUCCACGACGUGCCAUCCGACCUGCUGAACUACGAACGCGCGGAGGAGGGAGACCCUGACGAGAGAGGCUCCGAGGACAACUACUCUAGGCCGGAAGCCUCCAACGAGUUCUACGACGGUGACCAUGACAACGACAAAGAGAGCGACGUGGAGAUUUGAGGGAGCAGACCUAUCUCCCCCUCCUUUCUCUUCUGACUGGGACUCUAUCCAUCCAUUCAUCAGUAGUUCCACUAGCUGUACUGAGGGACUUAAUGGACUGGAUCCAAAGUCAGAACACUCUUCUUCACCAUCGCUCUCUUUUUCCUUUUUUAUCUGUUUAUGUUCAUAUGUACUCUUUUAUAUGUGUAGAGGACAGAACCAGAGCAGAUCUGAGUCGGCACUUCAUCAUUGUCAGAUUGCUGAGUCACUGUGAUGGACCCUAACCCUGGUACAGAUACUACCAGAUAAACUGCUCAGCCAUGCAACAUGGUCCAAUACACCAGAUUUAAUACGGGGAUGUUCUGUAUCCCAGCCCCGUGUUCCAGUUGCAGAUAAGUUAAUGGUGGUAGAGGGGUUGACAGUUUCCAGGUGUUAGGCUUUUCUCUGGGCAGCACUUAUCUGUUUGCUGUCAGACUGCCAACACACACAGGGCUGUCCUCAAACAAGCCGGGAAAAAAAAUGUAUCUAAGGUUUUGAUGAAGUCUUGUCAACUUUUUUUUAAAUAAAAGAA